AGCGCGAUGAAAUUUUCUACACAGUUCAGUCUUAACAAUGUCUCGGUCGAGUUCGAAGAUGAGCAGGAUCCGUCAAGAAAUGGCUGAGUUAUAGAAAAAAUUGUAAUUAUUGAGAAGACCAUCCCUGAGGGGGGAUACAGGGAUUUUUUCAAAAAAAAAUUUUUUUCUCAGUAUUAUUCACAAGAUAUAUAAAUCGACUCAGUUUUUAACGCUGAUUCCGAAUCUGAUAUUAAGUUUGAACCAAAUCGUAGCUUUCUAACAAAACAUCCCCUGAAAAAGGUCUAAAAGCUGCAUGAAGAAAGCAAAUAGGGUAGAUAUGUCUCAGAUGAUAAAAAACAAAGUGAAUAUACCUGUUCACUUUUUGAAGUACACAUAACACUCGGAUUUAAAUCCGAUGUUUUCGCAUUUAUUUUUAUAUAAUAAUAAAAUCUAUUUCGAAAAACGUGUACUACAGUUUCAUAUACUCUUUCAAAAAAUCAAUCGACUACAAUGAAGUUUCUUCGAAAAUUCUUAGAUACGUGAUCUAUCGAAUGCUUUUGAGCUUGAUAUGUUGUUUAUUCCUAUUUGUAUUCAUAAAUUCUUUGGCAUGAAAAGAAAUUUAUUGAAAGGCAAAGAACUUAACAGAACAUCCAUCUUUAUAUAAGACAUUAGUAACAAUAAUGGUUAUCCAAUACAUAGAUUUAAAUGUUAUCGAAAAUUGAAAGUUUAAUUUCCUAUAUAUCAUUUUGUAACCUAUGCAUCAUUUUUACGAGCUGACUACUCUAUAUUAUGACACAUGUUUUUUUAAGAUCAAAUAGAAGAUGAACUUUCGAAAUAAUAACCUUCAUAUUAUUUUUAGUUAUUCAACUGAAUGCGUUACUUGGUAAAAAAGGUCGUUCACUUCGAGAUUUAACUGAUUAUUGGGAUGUUGCGACAUAUUUUGAACUUCAUGCUGUUCAACGUGAUUGGUCAAAAGCAUGUUUAGCUGCAUUACAUAUGUAUUUACUAAAUCCUCCAAUAUGGUAUUUAAAAUCAACAAUAAAUAAUUUAAAAAUUCUUCAUCAAGCAACACGUAUGCGUAAUCAACCAAAACUUCGAGAACAACGUUCAAUUACUUCCGAUGAUGAAAAUGUUUAUAGUUUUUGGAUAGAUUUUUUUAGUGAUGCAAUUAAUUCAAAUUCAACAUCAACUGAAGAAAGAGAAUUACCAGCACAAGUACCAAUUCUUGUUUGUGAUAAUUAUGAAAAAAAUGAUGGAACAACAUUAAAAAAUGUUUAUGUUGAAUCACAUUUACAAUUAAAUUUUCAUACUGGUAGUGAACCUGAAACACUUGUUAUACGUACACUUGAAAAACAAAAACAAUUACAAACAGAAGAAAGUGUAAGAAUUAUUGAAAUGAAUUCAAUUCGAUCAAUUAUAAAUGUUAAACGAGAUAAUCGAUCUGUUUUUCUUUAUGCAUAUGAAAAUGCUGAAGCAUUUCUAUCUGUUGAACUUCAAAUAUUUUUCUCAUCAGCCGAACGUCGUACAGCGUAAGUAGGCUUAUCGAAAGAAGACUUGCUACGAGGUAAAAAGUACAUCAACUUAAACUCGUUUGCCUGAAGUUUUGACUACAAAUAGAGCUCGAUCAAUUCUAAUCACCAGCAACAACCCGAGAUCAAUAGGCUUUAAUGCGAAGCGUUUACAAUGAAAAACAUUGGUUUUUACCGUAGGGCCAAAAAAAAAAAGCUUUUCUAACACUAAUCUGAUUUUUCAAUAUUUAAAUGCAUUAACUGUCAUUUUCUUAUUAACAAAUAAAGAUUCAUAUGCCUACAUUGUAACGGGUGCGUCAGAUUAAAUGGUCCUCUCAGUAUUUUGACUAUAACUUUUUUUCUUUAGAGCUAAUUGUUUUUUCAAAAGAUGCGUCGUGAAAUUCUCUGUAAAAUCAUAAUCAAACUUAUUUGUGUAGAAAUUUAAGGAAAAACAUUAAACGAAGAUUAUCCGACACAUUAAAAGUACCCCACUUUCAAAGCUAACCGGUGUUUGUAUGUCUUUUUUUUAUCGUUAAGUACAUCUAUUUUAAAAACAAAACAUACCAUAAGACGCAGCGUAAAAAGUUCUAUAAGUUACAUUGAAAACCUUAUUUUAUACAUGCACUCUUUGUUCUUAAAAUGGACAAAAUUCUGUCGGACCAAUUUUCGACGCUGCGAACAAGAUCAGUUUUUGCUACACUAUGAAUUCAUUUUUUUCUUAUUUCAUCUUUUUAUCGCCUAAUAUGUUGUAUUAAAAGAAAAGAAAAUAUACUACAAGAUGGAGCGUGAAAAGCUCUACAAUCUACAACGAACAGUUUAUUUUAUAUAUAUAUGCAUCUUUUGUUUUUAUAAUAAGCAAAGUUCUGUGCGACCAAAAAUGAUCUUGUUCGCAGCGUCGAAAAUUAGUCGCAUAGAAUUUUCUCCAUUUUGAAAACAAAGAGUGCUUGCAUAAAAUAAGGCUUUUAAUGUAACUUGUAGAGCUUUUCACGUUGCACCUUAUGGUAUACUUUACUUUUAAAAUAAUGUGCUUGGCGAUAGAAAAAAGAGACACAAACAUCGGACACUUAUGAGACAUCCGUCA